AAAUGAGUGUAAAUUAUACCCACAUUGUCCUAUACCUGUCUGAAAAUAUUUUCGUAAAUAUUUGAUGAUUAUAGCAUGGAGAUCACAUAUUUUAGAUGGAUUUCAUCACCGGAAAAGUUCUAGGCAGUGUAACAAGACAUCACACCAGAUCUGAAGCUUUCUUUUCUUCCAUGAUAGGCUAAAAGCUACAGGACUAAAACCUUCAAACAAGAACCAAUAAGGCAGAUUCCAUAAUUGAGAUAGUGAACAAGAGAAAAAUAUUAACAUCGACCGUCAUUCAAAAUAAAACAGGAGGUGCUACUCUCAGACUGUAAUAAACAGUACUACAGUAUUGAGAACCAAAGAUGUCAGAAACAAGUGGGCAUGAUUGUCCGGGGAAACGACCACAGUUUGGAACCAGGUUCUUGAAAGACAAGAAAAAUAUGUUUGAACAUAAUGCCUGAUCUUUGACAUGGUGUUGGCACAAUGAAUAAGAUGUUAAAAUUAUGGAGUAAAACCUCUUAUCUGCUGGGUCGAUGUGUGACCACUAAAGCAAUUGGACGACAACGGCCACAGGGGGGAGGGAGGGAACUGAAGGAUUGGAAAAUGGUUUUCAAAUAUAACAAUUGGGAUAAUGUUGUUUGGGAUGAGAAUCAAGAGGCUGUUGCUCAAGCCAAGGUUUUGGAGAACUCUGAAGUAACACUAAGUGCUGAAGAAAUUGCAAGGCUGGAGCAGAAUGCAGCAGAGCAGUGGAACAGUUUCUACAGUAUUCACCAAAACAGGUUCUUCAAAGAUAGACACUGGCUAUUCACAGAAUUUCCAGAGUUGGCACCACAUUUGGCACAUACUUUCCCAGUGAAGCUUAAUUCAUCUGAAGCACCAACACAAAUAGCACAAAAGGAGCAUCUUCCUGUUUGUCAUCAGCAGGCAGGUGCAAAUAGUCAGUCUGAAACACCCGUAAUAACAAGAGAGGACAGAGAUUUUAUGGAUAAAGAAAAUUCUUUUGAAAUAGAACACUCUAUUGAUAAUACAAGAAGUGAAUCAGAAGAUACAAAAGUUGAAAAUUUUGCAUUAGAUGAAACUUAUUUUAAAUACCGAACAAAUAUUACAAAUGCAAAUAUAGAAAUGGAGGAAGCAUACCCUGGAGAAAGUGCUACAUUUCGUAUUCUUGAAGUAGGAUGUGGUGUGGGCAAUACAGUCUUUCCAAUUCUUCAAACUAACAAUAAUGAAGGCCUGUUUGUCUACUGCUGUGAUUUUUCUAGCACAGCUAUUGACUUAAUUAAAGAGUCCCCAGAUUAUGAAGAAAAAAGAUGCCAUGCUUUUGUAUGUGAUGUGACAAGUGAAGAGUGGCAGACACCUUUCCCAAAGGCAAGCUUAGAUGUUAUUGUGUGUAUAUUUGUCCUCUCUUCACUUCUUCCUGACAAAUUACAACAAGUUGUGAGGAAUAUGUCAGAUUAUCUUCGUCCUGGAGGGAUUCUGCUUUUUCGUGAUUAUGGUCGCUAUGAUAUGGCACAACUCCGAUAUAAGAAGGGAAGAUGCCUUUCAGACAAUUUCUAUGUUCGUGGAGAUGGGACAAGGUGCUACUUCUUUACUCAAGAGGAAGUUCGAAAUCUGAUGACUGAGUCUGGAUUGGAGGAAGUUCAGAAUCUGGUAGAUCGCCGCUUGCAGGUAAACAGAGGAAAGCAGCUGACCAUGUAUAGAGUGUGGGUUCAAGCCAAAUAUCGCAAACCAAUCAUCAUUGACCAACCCCUUACAUGAAACCUAUUACCCUUUGAAGAGGGUGUCUUACUGCUGGUGAAGGGCUCUUGAAUCGAGGAAAGAAGCUACCCAUUCCUUUGAUCAACCCAGUUUAACUCCUUUUCGUAAACUUUGGUAAUUGAUACAAUAAAUUGUUUUAAAGAUAUGUGAGCAAACACUAGGGCAUAUUUAUUAGAAAAUGUUUUAGUCAAGGUCUCAGGACUGAAACAUUUUCUAAUAAAUAUUUCCUAGUACAGUAUUUGCUCACGUGUCUUUUUAACCCUUUCAGGGUCCAUCCCGUAGAUCUACGGCUUCACAUUGAGUGUCCAAACCGUAGAUCUACGCCAAAAUUCUACGCUGUCAAAUUUAGCGCGAAAGCGCUCAUAGGCCUACAUGUGAGAGAACGGGUCUGCAUGGUGGGUGUGCGCCAUAAACAAAAAUUCUAGGCGCCCGCAUAGCAUUGUGGGAACGCCGGCUCAGUUACCCUUGUUCACCAUGCCUCGUUGCAAGUCAGCUCUCACUCCCCGGAAAAUUGGGACUCUCCUCUUCCUAUCUGAUAGUUCUGACACUGAUGGAAGUGGAAAUGAAGACGAAUUCUACGGCUUUGAUCAGUUAGUGACCGAAAGGAAUGACCAGGAUAUCGAUAAUAGUGCAGAAACCCCUGACGAUCCUCAACCUUCUACCUCUGGUGUGUGCACUCAUGACUCACGGUCGGUUGUGCCUUCAACACAAGAGAAAACUAAUAUUUUCGCGUGGCCAGGCCUCUGACUUCAGUAAUGAUGAUGAUAGUGACGUGGAUUGUGAUUUUAUUGUGCUCGACGAUCAUUCGAGUAGUGAUAGUGAGGAAUCAUAUUCACCAGUGAAGCGUCGGUAUGUUCGCCGCCACAUGCGCUCGGGUAGUGUACCCUAUGCUGUGCCCAGGGGACGGAGUACAUCCCGGAGUACAUCCCGGAGUACAUCCUGUGGCCCUACACCAGUUUUAGGUAGUGAUAGUGAGGAUGAUGUGGCUACACUUGGCAUGGAUAGACCACAGGCAUCAGUGGAUGGUGGUAGUGGUGAUGGUAGUGGCACCGCCAUGCGUGACUCACCAGCCCACGCUGGGACCCACGCUGCUGACUCGUCAGUUCAAGGACAAAGCGGAGCGUCAGCCACCAGCCCACCACAACCACAACCACCCGCACAACCAGCCUAUGAUGUCCAGUAUCCACCAGCAAACCGUAUGUGGGAUUGGCAGCAAAAUCCCAAUUUUGUUCCCAAGCCUCACCACUUUGAUGACUCUCAAAGUGGAAUUCUACCUACUUGUCCCUUUGGAACCACGGCCAAUGAACUGGAAUUCUUUGAAUUAUUCUUUGACCAGCCAUUGUUGGAAACUAUUGUCAGGGAAAGUAAUAAGUAUUUUGAGUACACCAUGGCAAAUACGAUCAUAUCACCACAGUCAAGACUACACAGGUGGAAAGAGACAACUGUUGCAGAAAUGUAUUUGCUUUUUGCAAUAAUAAUGCUUAUGCCUCAUGUCUAUAAGCAUAAUAUAAAAGAAUACUGGUCCACAGAUCGGCUAAUUUCUACCCCGGUCUUCAGUGAAAUCAUCCCAGUGAACAGGUUUAUCUUACUCUUACGUAUGUUGCACUUCUCUGACAAAACCAGGCCUGACAGAAGUGACAGGUUAUAUAAGAUUAGAAAUGUUUUCAUGUAUCUCAAACAAAAGUUCUGAGCUUUUACCUCUUCUUGUGUUUCAUAAACAUGAAGAAGGCAGGUAAAUGUUAUGAAAAUUCAGCAUACUCUGUAUAUUCCUGUAUAUCUUAAUAGUUUUUAUUUCUGUAAUGUUUCCUAUCAAGUUUAGAAGGCUUGUUUCAAGCCUAGGCCACAGUGAUGAUCUCUAGAAAGAUUAACCCUUUGACUGUCGCAACCCUCAAUCCUGAGGUGUCUCCUGGUGUCGCAAAAUUUAAAAAAAAAAAAAAAAAAAAAAUUCUUAUAAAAUGAUAGAGAAUCUUUUCCUGAUUGUAAUGACAUCAAAAAACGAAAUUUGAUGGAAAACUGACGGAAUUAUGCUCUCGCGAAGUUAGCGACUUCGGCGCUCUUUACAAAUCGGCGAUUUCGCCCACUUUGAGCCCUAUUUUCGGCUAAUUCCAUUGUUCCAGUCGCCCAAACUCAUAGCUAUUUCAUUAGAACUCCAUGUUUUCUAUCGAUUGAGUAUAAGAAACUGCCCAUUUACCGAUUUCAACUACCUAAUAAUGUGGUCAGAAAUUUGCAAUUUGGCCAAUUUUACAAAAACUAAAAAAUAUGGCAAUUUCAAAAUAAGGUCCAGAAUGAACAAUGCAGACAUUCCUGGCUCUAAAACAACAUUUUCUUUGUUCAUCAGUCAUGUCUCCAGGCGCCUCUGAUAUUACUCUUGCUUUCCAUUUUGAAUUUUUAUUCAAACAAAAAAUAGAAGACUUACUAUUAUGCAGACUACUGCAAUACUGAAAUAAUUGUAUAAAUAACAUCAACCCAUUCAUGACUGCAUAUUAGAAUGGCUAGUUGGACAUUUAUUGGACAAUGGCAUCAUUUGUUUACUUUUGAACAUUGGCAAAAAUCAAACAUUCCCCUACUUUGAGCUCCAUUUCUAGGUUCUUUUUAUAGUAAAAUCAAUCAAAAUCACCUCAAUUUCUACAAUAUGUUUUCCAUUCUAUCAAAUGAGACCAAGAAAACGAGAAUACAACCAUAAAUACUAUACGAAAAUAGACCACAAAGUCGGCAUUUUAAUUAAAAAGAACGGUCGGAGUUUUUUUUUUUCUCAUUAUGCACUGUGUGCUCCAGGAUUUUUUUUAUAUGGUGCACACUGACCACACAGACCCAUUCUCUCACAUGUGGGCCUACCAGCUUUCUCCUGCUUGAUUUGAAGCCGCUAGAAUUUAUGAGUAUAUAUACGUCAAACACGGUACCUCGUAAGACGCAUAUGUACGGCCGCGACAGUCAAAGGGUUAAAAGAUAACAGUUCAGAAUAAACCUUCCACUUUUAGCUCAGUAUCACUCUACCUUCUGUUUUCUAUCAAGUGAAUUUUAGCAUUUAGUAAUAAUUCUAAUACAGUGGACCCCCGGUAUUCGAUGGCAUCGGUAUCCGAUAAAUCCGGUAUUCGAUGCAUUUUAACACAAAAAUUUCGCCUUGGUAUCCGAUCGAAAACCCAGUAUUCGAUGCGAUGCGAUUCAUACGAGACGUGUCCACGUGUGGCCUGAACUGCCCCGUGUGUGCCAGUGUUUACAAGCCAGGCAGUGUGCGCGCAUCUAAGGAUACACUCGGUACAUUCCAUAUUAUCGCUGUUUUUGGUGCUUGUUUCUGCAAAAUAAGUCACCAUGGGCCCCAAGAAAGCUUCUAGUGCCAACCCUUCGAGAAAAAAGGUGCUAAUGACUAUUGAAAUGAAGAAAGAGAUAAUUGCAAAGUACGAAAGUGGAGUGAUUGUGUCGGAGCUGGCCAGGUUGUAUAGUAAACCCCAAUCAGCCAUCUCUACUAUAGUGACCAGGAAAACGGCAAUCAAGGAAGCUGUUCUUGCAAAAGGUGCAACUGUGAUUACGAAACAGCGACCACAAGUGUUAGAUGUUGAGAGACUGUUAUUGGUGUGGAUAAAUGAAAAACAGAUAGCAGGAGAUAGCAUCUCUCAAGCGAUCAUUUGUGAAAAGGCUAGGCAGUUGCAUGACGAUUUGGUAAAGAAAUUGCCUGCAACGAGUGCUGAUGUGAGUGAAUUUAAGGCUAGCAAAGGUUGGUUUGGAAGAUUUAAGAAUCGUAGUGGCAUACAUAGUGUGAUUAGGCAUGGUGAGGCUGCCAGUUCGGACCAAAAAGCAGCUGAAAAAUAUGUGAAGGAAUUCAAGGAAAUGUGUGCAAAGUGGCUUGAAGUGCAAACCUUUUUUGAUGAAAAUCACCCUGACACAGCUACUGCAAGCUGUGUUGGCAACCUGUACAAUGACAAUGUUGUGAACCACUUUAGGAAAGUCAUAAAUGAACGAGAGGUACAGGCCUCUAUGGACAGAUAUGUUGUGUGACAGAAGUCCAGUGACUCUCAAGUUGGUCCUAGUGGCAUUAAAAGAAGGGAAGUAACCCCAGAAAAGGACUUGCUACCUCAAGUCCUAAUGGAAGGGGAUUCCCCUUCUAAACAGUAACAACUUCAACACUCUCCCCUCCUCCCAUCCCAUCAAUCAUCACCAGAUCUUCAUUAAAGGUAAGUGUCAGUUAUUCUAUUGCUAUUAUUCUAUUGAUAUUUUUGUUAUUGUAAUUAUUCUAUUGCAUUAAACUUAAUAUUUCAUGUGGUAAAAUUUUUUUUUCAUACUUUUGGGUGUCUUGCACGGAUUAAUUUGAUUUCCAUUAUUUCUUAUGGGGAAAAUUGAUUCGCUUUUCGAUAUUCGAUGAGCUCUCAGGAACAGAUUAAUAUCGAAUACCGGGGGUCCACUGUAAUAUCAAAUGAAUCAUUUUCAUUCAAUAACAGUUCCAGCGUCCUCUGCUGAAGAGCACCAGUCAACAACUAGAUUCUUGAGUGCCCAUGCAUUUUGUUUCUCUUUUUUAAUAUGAGAACUUCCAAGACUGCUAAUAGGAGUUGGCAGUCUUUCAAGAUGAUUGUAUCUUUUACAGUAAUAGAGCCCAUAGCAAGCCUUUAUGCUCUGCAAAGCUGGUUGACGAGGAUAACUACAGGUUUUGUUUAAUGUAUAAGGCCUUCUAAUGGUGCUACUUGUCCCUUCGGCAUAGUCAUGUCUGAAAUUUUGCACCUCAAAGAUUAUAAUGAAGGGUUUGAUUGCCAAGGACAUGUGAUGGAUGAUGGUCUUACACAGUUUGCUCCUCCCAAACAUCAUGUGCCACUGCGUACUGAUACAUCUGUUCCAAGUAAGGGAAUCCAGACAGAGAAUACAUACAUCACUUUGAAGUGCACUGUGAGAAGGUAUUUUCUAUGUUGGUUUUGCUGAACCACAAGGAGCACAAACUUUUAUGUCAGUUCUCCAGAUUUUUUUGUUUGUAAGGGAAUCCACAGCUUGAGAACUGGAGUUAAGUUAUUGAAAGAAAAUGAGGUUCCUUAAUUAAAAAAAUGGUAAAACACAUACUGAACUAAAAGAGAUAGAAUGAACCAAAACUGACACAAGGGCAGUAAAACUAGAGAAGUUGUAAUCAUAUGUGGUUCAUCGAACCUUACACAAAAAGUAGUUUUUCGUACUUAAAAAUGAUAUACAUAUACAGUAAAAUUUUUAAUAAGAAAGUCAAUAUACAAAGGUGCAAAAGAAUUUUUUACGAUAUUUCAAAUAGUACAGUAUAUCUUAAGUAGUUUUACAAGCAGAAAUUUGGUAUUAAUUCUGUUAAGGAAAAAUUAAUUGUAUCAUGUUACUGUUACAGCACUUAAAAGAGCUAUUUUUUUAUUCUAAGGAAUAUACUGUAGCAAUAAAAAAAAUGUACUAUUCAGUGUAAAAUUAAAUUUUCAGCUUU